AUGGCACAUCUUUUGGCUGUAUCGUUGCUGCAUUUGCUGCUGCUGCUGCUGUUGCUGCAGCAGCAGCUUUUCUGCUCUCCUGCUGCAGCAGCAGGAGAGGAAUCCCAAGAAGCUGCACACGUAAGCAACGAGAGACAAGGAGAGGGCAGCGAAGUAUGGAGGGAGCAGCAGGAGACAUCAGAGGAGGAGGAAUUUUAUCCUUCCUCUACUGCUGCUGCUGCUGCUGCAGCAGCAGCAGCAGCAAAAGCUGUAGCAGCAGCAGGAACAACAACAAGUACAGCAGAAACAGAAGCAGAAAUUCUUUCCUUUGAUGAGCCACAGAGUGUAAGUACAGCAGACAUGGAUAUACCACCGCAGCAAAUAGGAGGAGGAGCAGCAGCAGCAGCAGGAGCAGCAGGAGCAGCAGGAGGAGGAACAGGAUCAGGUUCCGUACUUAUAGAAGGAGAUCAGCAGCAGCAACAGCAGCAGCAAAAUCAUCAACAGCAGCAGCAAAAUCAUCAACAGCAACAGCAGCAGAAUAUAGAGGAUAUACAACAACAGCAACAGCAGCAGCAGCAGCAGCAGCAACAACAACAGCAGCAGCAGCAGCAGCAGGAGCACGACCAGCAUAUGCUCGAAUUCAGGGAGUCCCUUAAGGCUCAAUUAGGCAGAGGAGCUAAACAACUCCAUGGACUCCGUCUUGAUAUUAAUUGGCUCAAGUCUGCAGUCAAGGAUCUAGACCUCACCAAGGAAACACUCAAUCAGCCUCAUCCAUCUCAACCAUUAUUAGAUUUAUUAUUAGAGAGAACAUCUACAUUAGAGGCAAGAGUUGCUGAAUAUAUCCAAGGAAAUGCAACAGAAUUCAAGGAACAAUUAGGAGAUCUUAUUGCUCUUAAACUUCUUCCUCUACAUCAAGAUUACGUGGAUACAACAUACAAGGCUGCAACAUUAGUGGCGGAUUUACGGCGAGUGACGGAAGAUUUAAGACGAGUAGAGGCGGAAAUAAAUGUGAUAGCUGGUGAACAUUUGGACCGUUUACGUGUAUGGUCGGCCGAACAAAGUCUAAAAUUUGAAGAGGCACUAAGAGAGGCACAGCCUCGCCUCUUAGAAAGAUUUGAGCAACAAAAAAGAAAAGAGCAAACAAGAGUAAAUUAUUCUGUAUUAGAGGAGAUAAAGAUAAGAGCAGCAGCAGAGGAUUCAUUAAAGGAAAUAUAUACUAGAGGAUCUGCAUUUAUUGAUCUUUCUUCUUGUUGUUAUGCAUACACUGCAACUAAUGUUGCUGAAUUAUUAUUACAUGAAUUACAUAAACUUAAACCUAAAUAUCUACGCAUUAUACCUAUAUUUAUAUUAACGGAGCCUGAUGAAGAGGAGCCAUGGAUACCUCCUGCUGCAGUAUAUUUACCUCGUGUUAAUCUAAGAGGAGGAGAAGGAGAAGAAGAAAUAAAAAAAGAAAAUAAUAAUGAUGCUGUAAAAAGAGAGAUUAAGGCUAAAGUUGGAGAAUUCAAACGUGUAGCUCGUCAGAUAACAGAUGAGUUAUUAAUACGUAAGAUACCUAAAUUAGCGCGUUUAUUACCAACAAGUGCAGGAGAUACAGUAAUGGCAAAAGCAAUGAAUAUAAAUAAGGAAAGAAGAAUAAAAGAUUGCCGUGAACGAUUAGGGUGUCUACCUAUUCAGCUAUGGGGACAACCACAACAAUCUAUUCUUCCUCCCCUCUAUUUAUUACAAAAAUUAGUCUCUUCUUUUAGGAGAUGUUUUAGGAGACAGGCUGCAGCAGCAACUGCAGCAACUGCAGCAACUGCAACAAAUGCAACAAAUGCAGCAGCAGGAGGAGGAGGAGGAGGGAGGGGAGGGAAAGAUGAUGGAUAUUUUUUAUUAACAAUAGAUGGUUUAUUAAUAGAUGCAGCAAGAAUAACAUCAACUAAUGUAUCCUCUGUUGUUAUACAUUAUCCUCCUCCUUAUGUACCAUUAGGUCCCUUUGUUAUGCAUGCAUCUUAUGGUGUAUCCUUAUCUAAGGCAUUUAAUUUUAUUCUUUCUUCUUCUUCUUCUUCUUCUUCUUCUUCUUCUUCUUCUUCUUCUUCUUCUUCUUCUUUUCCUUCUUAUUCUCCUCCUUUUUCCUCCUCUUUUUCUUCUUCUCCUCCUUAUUAUCCUCUUAUUGAUGUCCCAUUAGCAUAUACUUUUCCUCCUCCUUUUCCUUCUCCUUGUAUAAGGCAGCAGCAGCAACAGCAGCAACAACAGCAGCAGCAGCAGCAGCAGCAGGAUGAGAAACAGCCUACUUGUCCUAGAGGUGCGUACUGUCCUGCUGCUGCUGCAGCAGCAACAACACGACCUUUGCUGCCUAAAUAUUAUAAUCCUUUUAAGGAAUGUACAGGUCCUCUUCCUAUUAGCAGCAGCAGCAGCAGCAGCAGCAGCAGCAGAUAUACAACAGCAGCAGCAGCAGCAGCAGCAGCAGUAGAUGCAACAGGAGCAGGAGGAUCUGCUGCAGCAUCUGCAGCAAAACAUCCAGGAGGAUCAGCAGAUACGUCUAACGGCACAGCAGCAGAUGCUGCUGCAUCUGCAUCUACAUCUGCUGCUGCAGCAGCAGCAGCAGCAGCAGCAGCAGCAGGAGCAGCAGGAGCAGGAGGAGAAGGUAACGGAGGAGAUGCAGCCUAUGAUAGAACAGACUCAUCAAGCUCAGCAGCAGAUAUGAAUAUAGGGGAAGGGUAUGAGGAGGAGCUGCAGCAGCUGCAGCAACUGCAGCAACUGCAGCAAAUGCAGCAAAUACAAGAAGGAGACACUAACCAAGAAGGAGACCUGUCUCCUGAUUUAGCUAGACUACAGGCAUUAUUAGAUGAGGAAUAUAAGGCAGAAGCUGCUGCUGCUGCUGCUGUUGCUGCUGCUAAUGCUGCAGCAGCAGCAGAUACUGCAGCAACAGCAAAAAAUAUUGCAGCAGGACUUACUCUACGUAAAUUACAGCCAUCUAAUAGCAGCAGCAGCAGCAGCAGCAGCAACCAGCAGCAGCAACUGCAGCAGCAGCAGCACCAGCAGCAGGAAGAGGAGGAGGAGGAGGAGGAGGGGGAAGAAGAAGAAGAUUUUAUUCCUUGUUUAUCUCCUGGGGAUAGUAAAGAAGAAGACAGCAGCAAAUGGGAAAUACCUUCUGCUGCUGCUGCUGCUGCUGCUGCUGCAUCUGCUGCAGCACAACAUAAGGAUUUUUUACAGCAGCAUGAGCAGCAGCUACGUGAAUUGCUGCAGCAGCAAACACUGCAGCAGCAGCAGCAGCAGCAGCAACAUUCACGUACAUUAUCUCCUAUAUCCUUAGAUGAUCUAUGGGAAGAAGAAGAGAGACAAACAUCUGCUGCUGCUGCUGCUGCUGCUGCUGCUGCUGCUGCAUCCCCAACCUCUCCUUCUGGUAAAAAGAGGUCAAAACGCAGCAAGUCAAAGGGAUCAGCAGCAGCAGCAGCAGCAGCAGCAGCAGGAGCAGCAGGAGCAGGAGGAGGAGGAGGAGAAGGACAAGAAGAAGAACAAGAAGCAGUAUUAGUUGUAUAUGUAGGUAGUCGUAGCUCAGGGCGUUCUGUAUUAUUGAUUCGUAUUCAUACAACUGCAUGCAGCAAAGGACGUUACUUAGUACCAUCAACAGAGGCCCUAUCUCUUGCCUUUAUAGCAGUAGCAUUCCCUGGUGCACAAGCAGCAGCAGUAGCUAGCUGCAGGAAACAGAUACAGAUACAUAUGCAAAAAGCUCAGCCGCAGCACCAGCAGCAGCAGCAGCAGCAGCAAUAUAUGCAACAACAGCAGCAGCAGCAGUAUAUGCAGCAACAGCAACAACAGUUUAAUAUGUAUAUGCAAGAAGGGAUGGAUCAACAACACAUAGAUGAUGAACAGCAGCAGCAGCAGCAGCAACAGCAGCAACAUAUGCAUAUGAUGGAGCAGCAGCAGCAGCAGCAGCAACAUAAUAUGCAUCUAGGAGGUCAUGAUGAUAUUCAUAUGCAGCAGCAGCAGCAGCAGCAGCAGCAUAUGCAGCAGCAGCAAUAUGGUUAUCCUCCUCAUGAUGGCUUCGGAGGAGAUCCAUCGCAGCAGCAGCAGCACAUGCAGCAGCAGCAGCAGCAGCAGCAGCAGCACCAGCACCAUCGUAAGCAGCAUCAUAAAGAGCAGCAGCAGCAGCAGCAGCAGCAGUACUACCAUGACCAGAAUUACUACAACCAGCAGCAGCACAACCACAACAACAACAACAAUAACAAUAACAAUAACUACCAGCAGCAGCAGCAGCAGCAGCAGCAGCAGCAGCAGCAAGAGCAGCAGCAGCAGCAGCAGCAGGAGCCAUUAAUACCUAUGAUAAAGAAUUGGGCAUUUCAUGGAGGAAUGUCAUCAAGAAGUUCAUCUGUUGUACAUUUAGCAGCAGCAGCAGCAGCAGCAGCAAAAACUUUUAAGGUGUAUAUACAGCCUGGUGGUGUUAGUGAUUCUGUGCAUGCACAGACAUUAUACCAAGAAGCAGCAGCAGCAGCAGCGCAUGCAGCAGCAGCACAAGCAGCAGCAGCAGCAUCAUCAUCAG